AUGUGGCAAUUACGCAGGCGCAGCGACGCCCCAACGAACAGGGACGAAAAACUGGGCCUCACCACCUCUUCUCUGCUCUCCUCCUCGACACCCCGCCGGCUCUCGUGGUUCCGCCGCACGUAUCGUCUCGCGCCGUGCACCCUCGUCACCCGCGUUGUCCUCGUCGUCCUCGUCGUCGCCGUCGUCCGCCUGUCCUCGUCUCGGACUGGUUCCCCGACGCCGCGGACCCGCUGGGUGCAGCGCGGGCCGCCGGCGUCGAGCGCGCCGCUGGGCGCGACGGGGAUGCGGACGGAGGAGGACGUGUACGCGAUGCUCGGGAUCGAGGGAUGCGCGAGCUCGCGCGAGGUCUUCUGGCACCUCGGCGCGGACCCAGCAGAUUCGGUGACCGAGGGCCACUUCUUCUCCAUCUCAUGCAUGCUUUAUCCUCACGUACGGGCGACGCCCGAUUACACCAAAAGCAAAACAUUCGACCGCGCUUGGCCUCAGAACCUCUACCUCAACCCUUCCUCGCCCCUCUUCUCGAGUCUCAAGCUCCCCAAAGACUUCGAUGUAACCACCACCCCGCUCGUCACUUUCCGCCGCGUCGACCUCCUCAUGAGGCGUGCCCAGCUUGACGAACUCUACUGGCAGCUGCACCCCACUUCCAAGUACCUCCACAACAGAACGACCCUCUUCUCAGACGAGCCUCAUUGGAAUCUCUCCCCCGCCGAGUACGUCGACAUCCUUACCACUCCGCGUCCGGCCGGGGGAUACUCGACCUUGAUCGUGAGCAGCGCGGGGCACUGGACCACGCACAACUUUGAAGCCCUCAGGGACUACGCGCUCUUCAACGAGGGCAUCUUCAACGUCGUCGACUUCUUCCGCGAGGCGAUGCGCUCCUGGGCCGACGAGGUGCAAGCCGCGCUCGACCGCAUCGCAUCCCCCCGCUCAGAGGAGGGGACAGACGCGCAGCGCCGCCUCGCGCCGGGGGGCCGUCCGGUGUCCGUGCGGACGAAGCCUCGGAGCGCACAGCAGGUGCUCGUGCGCGCGUACGUCCCCGGCCACGACGGCUGCCACAACAAAAAUGAGCCCGUGCGGCGGUACAAGAAGGACAUGGCCGUGUCGUACAACUGGCCGCAGAUCGUGGACUUCAACCGUGCUUUCUCGGACGUGCUGAGCAGCGGAGACUACCCCGACAUCCACUACCUCGCGAUCGACAACCCCGCGCUUCUGCGGCCGGAAACGCACGUCUCGACCGACUGCCUCCAUUUGAUGACUGGCUCUGGGGUUGUUGAGGGCUGGACACAAUACAUUUGGCACUACCUCACCGUAGAGAUUCCUGAGCUCGUGCGGUCGGGGCACUGA